AUUUACUUCAUUUGUAAUGAUGAUGAUGUGAGGCCGAAACCGUUAGCUAGCUAGCCUAGCUAAAGUAAUGAAGAACUGGUAGAACAUGGAGGAAAACAGGAGUUUGUUGGGGGGUCAGAGUGUGAUGUACCUCCUUUUAGUUUUCAUCUCAUGGCAGCUGUUUGUUCUUUAAAGCAGUCGUUAAAUUCUCACUAACGGAGUUAGCCUGUUAGCACGCUAAGCUGCAGGCUAGGCUAGCUCCAGUGGGGUCGGGUUUCGGUGUGAUUUAAUAUGGCUGAUUGGAAACUCAACAACACUCGUCACCGCUGGAAUUAUUUUUUCAUUCACCCCUACCUAAUAAUCCGUAUCAACCUUCCCUCGUUGUAGGUCAAAAAGCUGCUGUUCAAGCAACCUUAGCUAAAGCUGCUGCUAUCGAAACCGUGCGGCCUGGUAUGGAGCCAGGGGACUUGCGUGAGAGCCCCGCCGGCUCUGGUGAGUCAGAUGUGGGGGAUUGGAGGGAGGGGAUUCCUGGAGAAGAUGAGGAGGUCAAAGCGGCCGAAAGUAAUGGGACAGCAGCACAGACUGCCCUCAGGGACGCCUGCGAAGACGGCGAAAAUGAGAAACAAAAAAGCGUUGGAGAUCCAUUACACAGCCCGUAUGAAGAGGAGCUGGACCCCCGUAUCCAGGAAGAGUUGGAGCACCUCAAUGAGGCCAGUGCAGAAAUCAACAGACUAGAACUGCAGUUGGAUGAUGCCAGAUCAGGCUACCGGAAGAUCCUCACUGAGUCUGCCAGGAAGCUUAAUGCUCAGAGCUCUCAGCUGGGUAGCUGCAUAGAAAAGGCAAGACCAUAUUAUGAAGCCCGCCGCCUUGCAAAGGAGGCACAGCAGGAGACCCAGAAGGCAGCUCUGAGCUAUGAGAGGGCAGUUUCCAUGCACACCGCAGCCAGGGAGAUGGUCUAUGUGGCAGAGCAGGGCCUGAUGGCUGACGGCAAGAACACCCUGGAUCCUACCUGGCAGGAGAUGCUCAACCACGCCACCGCCAAGGUGAAUGAAGCCGAGGAGGAGCGACUCCGCAGUGAGAGGGAGCACAUGCGUGUCACACAUGCCUGUCAGGAGGCCGAGGCUCGGGUUCAGAUGCUGCAAAAGUCCCUCAAAAGAGUCAUCGUCAAGUCCAAACCUUAUUUUGAGCUCAAGGCCCAGUUCAACCACAUACUGGAGGAGCACAAGGCCAAAGUGCUGCAGCUGGAACAGCACGUAGCCAAAGUGAAGACCCGCUAUUCGAUUGCCCUGCGAAACUUGGAGCAAAUCAGCGAGCAAAUCCAUGCUCAGAGGGGGAGAGACCAGGGCAAGGGAGGACGCCCCACCGUCUGCGGCGGGCGGAGCCCCCCCAUCGGAGCUGAGUCCGACAGCAAAGUUCAGGAAGAAGGUGGAGCCUGCGGCGGUGGCGCGAUGGGGAAAAAUCAAGUUGAUUCAGCCAUCGACCUAGUGGAGAGAUAUAAGGAGAAGGAAAAUGAAAAGGAGAGGGAGCGAGCUGGGUCGGAUUCCCUCUCAGUCUUCAGCCUGCAGACCAUCGCUUCCGACCUGGAGAAAUAUGACUCCAUCGAGCACCUCGGGGACCUCAGCGAUGUGGGGAGCGUAACUGGGGACGAAGGGGAGAAAGAGAGGGGGGGAGUGAUGAACAAAAGAGACAAGCUGACGGAAACAACUGCCAAAGAGCGCCAGCAGCAGUUCUACAAGCAGCACCACCGCAGUUUCAGCCUGUGAGGCGCUCAUACAUGCAGCUGCUGUAAACAAUGCAAAAGUAAAACGGGAGUGAACGUCCCUAACACAAAGGUACCAACCAAAGUAUAACACAGUGAAUUAGCUGCAGUGAUACAGCUGUAGGUGUAUCAAACUUAGUGUAAAUAAGCACACGUACUUUGACUGACAUUAGCAUAACGCUCAACACAGUUAGCAUCGCAGCCUAGUUAGAACACUACAGGCGUCUACAGAGCUUACAUUCCUUCAGGACAAGUAUUCUGUAUAUUCACUCCCUCUGAGGGAUUCUGGGUAGGAUUUGCUCCUGGAGCAUGAAGGAGCAGCGGAGAAGAUGAAAAGCCCCCUUUGAACAGGCAUGUUUAGAAAGGCAUCGUUGUUUCACUGUCACAGGCUAAUCACUGAACUAAUUGGGUGAGACUGGUGAAAAACAUCUCCCCCCACCACCACUGUUGCCCCUCCAGGCGUGUCGAGUCUUAUCAGCGAUUACUUCAAGGUAGAGGGUCGCAGGGCUGCUGCGUGCACCCUGAGAUAGCAGGGAAAAAUGACAAAAACGUUUCUCUGUCAGUGCAGAGUGAAAGCAUGUCUGAAUCCCGACUUCAUGUAUUACUUUCCUCUUACAUGCUGCACGUUUUAUUUCGGCACGAGAGAAUGCGUUUUUUGAAAAUUCCUGAAAGACUGUUUCCACUGCCGACAGCAUGCACUCCGACUAAAACAGACACUUGUGACGUCUUCAGGGCUAUAAGCUGAAAGAAAUACUGACACAGUUGAAGCUAAGGAAAUGAAGCUCAGCCACUUUUUGUUUUUUAUGUUGCAACGCUGAAGCCUUUUCAAAAUUUGUUUACAUUUGAAUAAGUGGGUGCAUUUCCUCAUUUGUUUGCCUUUUUUUUUUUAAAAGAAAGAAAAGCCCUUGUAAUUUGAAAUGUGCCUUGCCACAGAACAAGUAAAUUUAGCUCGAGUAGUAGCUUGAUGUAAGCGCCGUUUAGUUUAUUUACAGAACAAGUGAGUGCCCUUUUAUGAUUUUUACAAGAUUUUAAUCAUCUGACUCACCCUGGCACCGUUUCAGACUUGAAGAGUUCUGAUUUGUGUAUUGUUUUUUUCCUAUGAUAUUGUACUUUGAUUGUCAAAGUGUAAGCUGCAAAACAGUGAAGUCAAAAAAUAUGACUUGUAAAUGUAUGUAAUUAUUACAAAAAGCUGGAAAAUAUUGAUGUGUACAGUUAAGAUGUGUGUUGCCGAUUUGAGUACUUGACAAUUUAUUUUGUUGUACAGAUGUUCUGGAUCUCCGCGGGUUUAUUUAAAGCAUCAUCACUGUCACAGUUUAUGUGAAACACCCUGUCACCUCCACUGCUGUCUUCACAGUCAGUCCUCACCCUUUGAAUGGCAUUUAUGAAUCAGUUAGUGUCAUUCACUGUUUACUAUUUAUGCAUUGUCAUGUCUAUAAUCAAUAAAAAAACUGAUUCUUGCCUCCUGUA